UUUGGCCCCAAUUUUAGCUGUCCCAGACAAGGUUUUGAGAUCGGAGACAAAAUCCCCAUGUCCUUGCCUACUCUGGGUGAGCGGCCAUCAGCUACGCUUGUUUAAUGUGAGCGGGUCAGAGAUGUAAUCAGAGGGCUACCGAUCCUGUCUUUGAGCAGUCCCAGACGUCCAAUAUUUUUAAAGGUGUUUGAUUUUAUCUGCACAAAAUCUGCAAUACUGUUGUAGUGUGACAUGUGUAAUGACAAGAUUUGAGAACGGUGAUCAGCAAUAGCCAGUGAGAUGAUAACUUUGUAUCACAUCACCCAUAAUGUGUACUCUCGAGCAGGAGCGAUGAUUACUACUAGUAUGUGUUUGUACUUGCCAAAGUAUCAAAUCGUUACAGCUCUGACAAGCUAUUUACACACAAUGUAUUUCAAUUAAAAAUGUAUUGGCUAGAUAUUUCAACUCUGUAUGACAAGCAUGAAUGUCUGACUGAUAACGUUUGAGGCUGCUUUGAGCCACAGCUCGUUCUAGCUAUGAAAUCACAUCUUUGUCAAGACUGCAUGGUAUAGAGAAUCCUCAAGACCGAAGAAUGUUGUCGUGCGUGACCUCCCUUCGUUUGUUUGCGCAGCACUAUGUUGAGCACUUCCAGGUCUUCCCUGCCAGAGCCACCCAGUAAGAGGUGGGCUGUAUCAGAGGGAAUCGGGAAGAUAAACACGCCUGCACCAGCCACAGCCUCACUUCUCUAUGACGAUGACAUCACACCUAGAUACCUACUCAGGGUGAUCCUGCAGACAGAGCCGGAGACAUCCCUUCUGGUUCAGGACCGGCCAGUCAGGAAGAAGCCAGAGCUGCCCUCCACAAACUCCAGUCAUCACAGCAACCGCCCAAGUACAGGGCUGUCUGACUUGGAUUUCCCUGACAUGACCACCACAGUAAACCUGUCAAAUACGGUGAAGGGACUAAGCAGGAAGCGACCACGUCGGAGUCUCAACAUAACAGCAUUCAACAGGCAGCUUGAACAUGAAGGUCAUGGUCAGCACUGUACAGUGUGUGCGCAUGAUGGAGAAGGUGGCAGUGCAACAGAAAAAUACCUCUCAUCCCUGUCUUCUGCCUCUAAAAGCUCUAUCACCUUCUCUCUGAAAACACCCUUUGUGGACAUUCGGACUGAGAAAAGGAGAUUUCAAAGGAAGGUAGCAAAUCGUAAAAAAAAUUGCCUUGAGGAGUUUGACGAGGCCCUACGGAAUCGAAAGGCGGCAAUGGGUGGAGACCCUGAGCUCAGUGUUAGGGAGGAUCAGCAGGGUCUCAGUGAGACCGUUCGUUCUGAGGGGUUCACCUUGGGACUGAGUGACCUCACCGCUCCUGACAUCACCCAUGACAUCAUCACCAGCAAAACAGAGCUCUACGCCCCGCCUGAUGACGCAGCAACAACCUUCACUAUCGCCACCCAGGACAAAGACACCAUCACAGGCACACAGAUCCAGCGAGAAAUGGGAGGAAUGAAGGAUGAGGAGGAGAAAGAUAUGGAGGUGGUAGGGGAACAAAAGGAGUACAAGAUGGAAAUAGACAACAAAGAUGGAGAGGAUUUGGCUGUUGAUGCUGGGCAGAGAGAGGCCUUGGUGAGACAGGAGGAGUCCAAAUCACAGACCGAAGAGGUAGCUGACUCCCGGACAGGAGAAGAUGAGGAGCUGGCUAAAUCUCCGACAGAAGGAGAGGUAGCCGAGUCUCCGACAGAAGGAGAGGUAGCCGAGUCUCCGACAGAAGGAGAGGUAGCCGAGUCUCCGACAGAAGGAGAGGUAGCCGAGUCUCCGACAGAAGGAGAGGUAGCCGAGUCUCCGACAGAAGGAGAGGAGGAGGAGAUGACUGAAACUCAGACAGAAGAUGUAGCAGAUGAAGGGAGACAGGUAGUGGAAAAAGGCUUGACAUCACAGAGUUUAGUACACAACGUGAUGCACAUCAGUCGGAGAGCUUAUUGCUCAGAGGGUGGUGUCAAGGUUGCUGGAGUGAUGGAAGGAGGGAGGGGCUACAAGAGCACGGGAGCAGAGCUCCAUCCUACAGAGACUGGUGAGUCAGGGUGUGCAGGCAGAAGGUCAGAGGGGGACACUGCUGGUGAGUGGCACAGCGGGCCGGAGGUGGGAGCUAGUGAGAGCGCCCACACCCGCACAGUAACCCUUGGCAGCGCCCCUCCCUCCCCGUUGCCCCAGGAAGAUGAGCUGGAAGGUUUGAGUAGAACAGGCACCAGCCUUGGAAAUGAGGAGAUGGAGAACUCCAUGCCUUCUUUAGAGAUGACCUUUGAACCUGAGAACAAUGCCCCUCGUAGUAGCAUUUCAUCCCUGCACCCCAUCACUGCCCAGAGCUCAGCUGACCAUGAGGAGGACUGGGAUGAUGUGGAAGAGGGGGAUGGUAUCCAGAGUGAAGAGCUGUCCAUGAAGACACCUGCGUUUGUCAGAGAGAAGAGGAAUGCUCUGCCUAUUGACCCCCUGGCCACACCCACUAUUCUCAAAGACCUUCAACCAAGUGUUUCGGCUGGUGCUGCAGCUGCGGUAAGGGGAAAGCGGACUGGAUCGGCCAAGAAGGAUCCUGGUCUCUCUAAGAGCUACAUCAUGAGCGUGUUCAAACACUUUGCCAAGACCAAGGUGUCUACAGAUGUCUACCCUGUCCUAAAGGAGAUAAUGGAGCUCUACUUUGACCGACUAGCUGAUGACUUGGAGAUGUUUGCUGCUCACGCCAAGAGGAAGACCAUUGAGGUAGAGGAUGUAGAGCUGCUGAUGCGGAGACAGGGGUUUGUGACUGACAGCAUGCCAGUCAAUGUGUUGAUUGAGAAAUAUCUCCCAAUGGAAUCCCGGAAGCUCCUCAUUCCUGUGGCAACAAGUGGUAACUACCUCAUUCCCAAACCGAAGAGAAAAUGACCAGCUUAUUGUGGAAAAUGAUUGGCUCAAAUCAUAAUGUGGGCUGAUGUUGUAUAUUUGAUUGAAUAUCUAUUAACAGCUGUUAAUUUAUUAUUUGUAGACACUCAUUCAAACACAGCCAGUACAAGACCAUGUAACCUGGUGUAAAUGUGUUUUUGAUUGAAUAUGGCUUCGUCUUUUGUUUUGUUUGUUUAUAUUUGUCAAAUAUUACUGCAAUAAAAUGUAUUUGAUUUAA